AUUCCUCUUCAAUUCACACACUCACUCAAAAUCAAAUUCCCUCUUCCCACUCUGCAAUUUCAAAAACCCUAGAAUCAGCAAAAUUCAAAAAAAAAAAAUGGCACGUACCAAGCAAACAGCGCGCAAGUCCACCGGAGGCAAGGCGCCACGUAAGCAACUCGCAACUAAAGCCGCCAGGAAAUCCGCCCCGGCCACCGGCGGCGUGAAGAAGCCCCACCGUUUCCGCCCAGGAACAGUCGCCCUCCGUGAGAUCAGAAAGUACCAGAAGUCAACCGAACUCCUCAUCCGUAAGCUGCCAUUCCAGAGGCUCGUACGUGAGAUCGCUCAGGAUUUCAAAACAGAUCUGAGGUUUCAGAGCUCCGCCGUGGCGGCGCUUCAGGAGGCGGCGGAGGCUUAUCUGGUUGGACUCUUUGAAGACACUAAUCUCUGCGCUAUUCAUGCUAAGAGAGUCACAAUCAUGCCGAAGGAUAUACAGCUGGCAAGGAGGAUUAGGGGUGAAAGGGCGUAGAUUUAGGGCUUUCUAUUGGCUUGUACUACUCUGUUCAAUUAUAUUGUAAUUUGGUAUGAAUGUUUUUUAAUGAAAUGCUAAUUAAUUUCAAUUCAA